CACCCCGAGCCCGGUGGCCGAGCCGAGCCCCGCUGGGAGCUGGUGUCCCGCGCUCGCCGACAUGCAUCUGCACCGCUGGCUCAUCCUCGCCGCGCAGCUUUCAGCUCUCCUUGGUGACUUGGUGCUACACCAGACCCCGAGGAAUGCGCAGGUCCAGACCAACGGAAUGGUCGUAAUGUCCUGUGAAAUGAAAGGCUCUUCCGGAACCUCAAGUAUCGCCUGGGUGAAACGGUGCCUGACCCUCAGCGCAGACUGUCAACUAGAGUUCCUGGCCCAAAGGAAUAGCCAAAAUGAACUAAUAUAUGGCAAGAAGGUGGAGAAGAGGCUCAUUGUGCAAGAAAAGGGGAGCCAGUUUACCUUCAAUCUCACAAGCUUGACACCUUCUGACAGUGGCGUCUACUUCUGUAUGCUCAUCUCCAGAGAGAAGACCUUUGGGAUGGGAACUCAGCUGAAUGUGGUCGAUGUUCUUCCCACCUCUGCCCAGACCACCACGAAAUCCACCCCCAAGAAGAAAGUGUGCCAGCUCCCAAGCCCUGUGGCCCCGAAGGGCCUUCAGAGGAGAGCCCAGAUUCAGUUCUUAAAACAGUUUUAUAGAUGAACAGAGACUGCACCAUUACUGUCCUGCAGCAAAGAGUCAUUGGUCAGUGAAGACUGCAAGCUGAGAGAUGAAAGAGAAGAGAUGUAUUCAACCAUCGACAUUUCACUGAUCUGCUGAAUCUGCCUGCUUUUCACUUCUGCAGAGUCUUUUCUUAGGGCAUGGGAGGAACUUUUGAGGUGGGCAACUGGGAAUCUCAGAGAGAAAGCCUGAGCUUCGGGU